GGGCGGGGCGGGGAGACGGUGGGAGGCGCGGGGCGUGGACAGGGCAGCGGCCAGGGCAGGCUGGGCCGGACCGGGCCGGAGUGACGGCUGACUGGCCGACCGACUGAGUGAGGGUCGGCAGGCAUCUGAGCGGAGCCGAGAGGUCGAGUCGGUCGCCGGGCCUGGGGAAGAUGGACUCCCUAGCGCCGGAGGAGAAGGCGGGACUGUUGCUGGGGCCCGGGCCCUGGGUAGGCGUGGCCGGCUGCGAUCUGAGGGAAUCAAGCAUCCCCAGCAUGGAGCGCUGGCGGGGCCGGCUGGCGCUAGUGACGGGUGCCUCCUGCGGCAUCGGCGCGGCCGUGGCCCGAGCCCUGGUGCAGCGCGGACUGAAGGUGGUGGGGUGCGCCCGCACCGUGAGCAACAUCGAGCAACUGGCUGCCGAGUGUCAGAGUGCUGGCUACCCAGGGACUCUGGUCCCCUACAAAUGUGAUCUGUCCCAAGAGGAAGACAUUCUGUCCAUGUUCUCAGCUGUCCGAACUCAACAUGAGGGUGUGGAUAUCUGCAUCAACAAUGCUGGCCUGGCCCGGCCUGAGCCCCUACUCAGUGGCCAUACCAGUGGUUGGAAAGAUAUGCUGAAUGUGAAUGUGUUGGCUGUCAGUAUCUGUACCCGGGAGGCAUACCAGUCCAUGAGGGAGAGGAGUGUGGAUGAUGGACACAUUAUCAACAUCAACAGCAUGUUGGGUCACCGGGUGCUAGCCCAGUCUGAUGUGCAUUUCUACAGUGCAACCAAGUUUGCCAUCACGGCACUAACUGAGGGAGUGCGGCAGGAGCUGCGAGAGGCCAAUACUCACAUCCGAGCCACAUGCAUCUCCCCUGGGUUGGUGGAGACAGGAUUCGCCUUCAAACUUCAUGACAGCAACCCUGUGAAAGCAGCUGAGAUCUACGAGCACAUCAAGUGUCUCAAACCUGAGGAUGUAGCUGAAGCCGUCAUCUUUGUCCUCAGCACCCCACCACAUGUCCAGAUUGGAGACAUCCAGAUGAUGCCAACGGAACAGGUGACAUAGCAUCUGGUUGGGAGCCGAGCCUGGGGCAUGGACCCCUACUGCCUGGCUCCUAAAUCUGGAUUGUAGGUGUUAAUUUUUGAUCCCUGGACUCAAUCUCCUUCUUCUGCCCCUAGGACUAAAAAACAAAACAGAACAAUUUUUUUUUGUAAUGUCAAAUUGUUUCAUGUGCAGAUGUGAUUUACAGAUGAAAACUGGGUGGUGGGGUGGUUCUUGUCUAUUUUACUUCUUAAUUUGUUACCCUUUACUCAUUGUUUGGGGCUCAUUGAGCUUUGUCCUCUUACUUGAUCUCCUUUCCUCCUUGGGAAGGAGGCCAAGAUCAGAAGCAGUACUUACUGAUGCCCCUCUUCACUCUACCUCCUCCCUAGGGUCUGGGAGCAGGACCUCACCUGUGGCUCCAGGCUUCCUUCCUUUCCUUUUUCUCUAUUCCCUUUCUUCCUGCUCAUCUUCCUUCUCUUUUCUCUGACCCUGGGCUCUGGAGGGAUUAUUCCACACUGGUCACAGCAGCAGGACAGCAUCAAGGCCCUGUCUCCCAAGAGGUUUUCACUUCUAGAAUU